UGAACAAACACCCAAAAAGACAGCCUGCCCCCCAAAACAAUUAACAUUUCUUAGCCUACAGCCUUGAUUUCUUCGCUUCUUCGAUAACUUCAAUAUUUGCAUUUACACACUCUUGCGAAACCCCAGUCUCCCUCCAUUUGUUUGCGUUUUCUUACCCAUGAUACCCCAGUGCGCCACUACAACACGAUGACGAACCCUCCUCAACCGCCACAGGAGGGGAAUGACGCGAACCUCGAUAAUGCACCCCGCCCGUCCAUGUCCUCCACCAGAGGAGCUGCAGAGCUCCCUGGCGACCGUCCAGAUUCUAUCACACCCUCAAAUAUGAGAGAACAGCAGAACCAGUCCGAGACAUUGCCAGCGGGGCGAACAGCUGCCACAGACUCGUCUACAGACGGCCAAAGGCGCCCGCCAAUGCCCACAGUCACGACGCCUUCAGGAAAUAAUGUGCACAUUCAUUCUAGUCAAAACCCACGAGACGAAGUACCUUCCGCAGAAGAGACAGAUGAUCAGCCUCCGCCCGCCUACACCGAACUCCCCGGACAGAUCUCAGAAGAUAACAAUGAACUCGGCACCAAUGCUGUUGUUACCGACGAUGGUCGUGUCAAUAUUCGAAUCUGUCAAAAGUCGCGUCGACUGACCCAGAUAUUCGCACCACAACUUCAACGACAAUUGACGCAGGUACAAAAUGAGGCAGCGCCUCCCCCCGCAUACAUCCCCGAAUCUCUCGGUGGCAGCCCUACGCAGGAACCUCCCCCACAAAUGAAUGUAGUCAUACACGUGGUCGGUAGCAGAGGAGACGUACAACCAUUCGUUGCGCUAGGAAAGGUGCUAAAAGAGACAUACGGACAUCGCGUGCGGUUAGCUACCCAUCCUACCUUUAAGGACUUUGUGACGGAGAACGGUUUGGAAUUCUUCAGUAUCGGCGGAGACCCUGCAGAGCUCAUGGCAUUCAUGGUCAAGAAUCCCGGCCUUAUGCCCGGCUUUGACACCUUGCGCAGCGGCGAUGUUGGCAAGAGAAGGAGAGGCAUCGCAGAGAUCUUGCGUGGUACCUGGCGGUCGUGCAUUGAAUCAGGUAAUGGUAUGGGUGUCGACCCCCUGAAACAGAGCGUAGAAGAGUGGAUGGGCGUCGAAGAGGAUUUGCCAGAAGAGAUGAAGAAGCCGUUCGUUGCGGAUGUGAUCAUUGCGAACCCACCGAGUUUCGGUCACAUACAUUGUGCCGAGAAACUUGGAAUACCGCUACAUAUAAUGUUCACUAUGCCAUGGUCUCCAACGCAGCAGUUUCCACAUCCAUUGGCAAACAUCACUGAUUCAAAUGCCGAUGCAAGCUUAACAAAUUAUAUCUCCUAUACAUUAGUUGAGAUGUUGACCUGGCAAGGUCUCGGUGAUCUAAUAAAUAAAUUCCGCAAGGACAGUCUCGGACUGGAUCCUGUUAGCAUGAUCUGGGCGCCAGGCAUGCUGAACAGGCUCAAGAUCCCACACACAUAUUGCUGGUCUCCUGCUCUUAUUCCCAAACCCAAAGAUUGGGCUAACCAUAUCUCAAUCUCUGGCUUCUACUUCCUUUCUCUCGCCUCGAACUAUACCCCAGCCCCAGAUUUAGCAGAAUUCCUUGCGGCAGGUGAACCCCCUGUUUAUAUCGGAUUCGGCUCGAUCGUGGUGGAUGACCCGAACGCCAUGACGACUAUGAUCUUUGAGGCUGUCAAGAAAACUGGACGACGAGCUCUUGUUUCGAAAGGUUGGGGAGGAUUGGGCGCAGACGAAUUGGGCGUUCCUGAAGGAGUAUUCAUGCUUGGUAAUUGUCCUCACGACUGGCUUUUCAAACAUGUGUCCGCUGUCGUCCAUCAUGGAGGUGCAGGAACGACUGCUGCUGGCAUUUCAGCUGGCAAACCUACCGUCGUUGUACCAUUCUUUGGCGACCAACCUUUCUGGGGUGCGAUGACUGCGAAGGCCGGCGCCGGUCCCAUGCCUAUUCCCUACAAAGACCUCACAGCGGACAAGUUAGCUGAUGCUAUCAAUGAAGCCCUGAAACCUGAAUCAUUGGAGAGGGCGAAAGAGCUUGCUAAUAAGAUCAGCAAAGAGCAGGGAAGCCAAAAUGGUGCCCAAUUCUUUCAUCAGAUGUUGCGCUACGACGAUCUGCGAUGUGCUAUUUCCCCAAGGCGACCUGCUGUCUGGAGGCUGAAGCGAACGCAAGUAAGGUUGAGCGCAGCUGCCGCAACAGUUCUUGCACAGGAGGGAGAGUUGAACUUCAGUGAGCUGAAGCUAUUCCGACCGCGCGAAUACGAGCCCGAUGAAGGCCCUUGGGACCCAAUUUCCGGUGGCGCGACUGCCAUUAUCGGCAGCGCCACGACUAUGAUGAUGGGCGUGGCCGAUUUCCCCAUCGAAACUUUGAAGCUUCUCAACAUACAUCCUGACACGCGAAAGGCGAAGAAUACAGAUGCUUCCUCUAGUGCAGGAGAUGCUGCUCAGCCGGGCCCUUCUGCAGCUGCAAGUAGCAGUUCCAAUACGCGUGCAUCGCGCCCCAGUAGUACAACAAACCUUCCAGGAGACCUAACCCCAACUAGCUCAGUCACUGAAAAUCUGCCUGGAAGUCCAACCGUGUCGGAUCCUCGACAUGGAAGUCCUCUUACCAGCCCCAAUGCACCAGGCUCCCCAGCACACAGAUCUAAUUUCAUGGCACAGGCUAUGGCAGCUUCGAGCCAAGUCUCACGUUCAUCAUCCCGGGAGCGACAGGGACAAAGUACGCCUGUAGAUGGUACCUCAUCGCCCACUACUUCUCAAUCAAGAUGCCGACCACCACCACCCAGAUCCGAAUCUGGAACCUCGACAUUCACUUUCUCGGAACGGCUCCAAGCUAUGAACCCCGACGCUGCAAUCAGCACUGGUAAAGGGCUUGGACGAAUCGUCGGCGCUGGAUUCAAAUCGCCCAUGGACUUCUCCCUCAAUGUUGCUAAAGGCUUCAACAAUGUGCCGAAGCUAUAUGGAGGUGAAGUUCGACAAGUAGAUAAGGUCACUGAUCUCCAGAGUGGGGUCAAGACGGCGUUCAAGGAACUGGGCAUGGGAAUGUAUGGUUCAAUUGCUGGUCUCGUUACCGACCCAUAUAAGGGGGCGAAGAAAGAGGGGGGCGUGGGGUUCGUAAAAGGUGUAGGUCGUGGUAUUGCGGGCGUUCCUCUUCGCUUCAUGGGCGGAGUCUUCGCGUUCCCGGGCUACGCCAUGAAAGGUCUCUAUCAAGAGGCAUUGAAGAGCAAAGGUGCCAUGGUGCAAAAUUAUAUCAUCGCCGCGCGCAUCUCACAAGGCUACGAAGAAGCAACCACGAUUCCCCGCAACGAGCGAGCUGAAAUCGUCGAAAGAUGGCAACACAUCAAGAAGAACGUCAAGCGCAAGAAGAACGUGGGCGAAGAUCAGAUCGAAGCCCUGCAGACCCUGAUACAGCAAAAGCGCGAAAGACGACAAGUCUGGGCCCGCAAGCUCACUGGCAACAAUAACAACAACAGCCGCCCGGACUCGCGAUCCAGAUUCCGACCAGAAUUACAGCCCUUCACAAGCUACAACGAACUCGCCGCUCCCCAUGCGCCAACCACGCAAGACUCGAGCGACAGCCGCCAGCAACACGCAAAUGCCUAUUCGCGCCGCUACACGGAACCCCCACGAGGCUCUUCUGCCGGCUACGAAUACAACGAAACGCCCCUUACCGCCGAGGAAGAAGCCGCCGAGGCCGCAGAACUGGAAGCCGCAAUCGCCGCCUCGGUCGCCGAGACGAACGCACAUAACAACCACGACCCCAACCACAACACCUCGGACGAGGAGCUCCUCGCGCGCGCGAUCCGUGCCUCGGUCGCCGAGCUCCAGAGACCCGCCCCGGCGUCUGAAGACAACGAAGAGGCACUGCAGCGCGCCAUCAACGCCAGCAUCGAAGAAGCGUCCAAGUCGGGCGCCAGCCGUGAGGAGCAGGAGAUGAUCGAGGAGACGCUCCGGCAGAGCAUGCUCGACAGCGGUGCGGCGGGCCGACAGGCGCGCCGGGGUAGGAGGGUCAGGAGCAGCGAUUCGGAAUGGGACGACAGCGACGAGGAGGAUGAUAUCGACACCGAGGAUGACGAGGACUACAAACGCAUCAUCGCCGAGAGCAAAGAGCUCGCCGAUCUGCAGCACAACCACCCGGUCGACUACAGACAACACGUCCCGCCCAGCGAGCAGCAGCAGGACAGCGGGGUCGUUGGCGGCAGCAGUGGUGGAGGUGGCCAGAGUUCAUCAGACACUUUUACCGACGCGGCACUCGAGGAAGAGAUGCGAAAGGUUCUCAUCGCGAGCGAGAAAGAAGAGAAUGACCGCAGGAACGAACUCCAGCGGCAGAUGACCGAGGAGGAAAUCGUCAUGGAGUACGUCAAGAAGCAGUCCAUGCUCGAGGAGGAGCAUCGCAGGAAGAUGGCCGGGGCAAGCAGCGUCGCAGAGAAUUAGCGGCGGCGUCGCUUCAUUUAAGUUCAGAAGAAUUCCUUAAUUUUGUUUUGUCUCAAUCGAGGGGAUGGGUGGUAAAUGGUGUCACAUUUGGCGGUAUAAAUAUGAAAUGAUAUGAUACCCACGACUUUUUCUCUAGUCGUACUGUACAUGAAAUAUAUAUUAUUUUUG